UUUUCUCCAUCCUUUAUAUACUAAAAAGGAGUAUGGAUGUUUCUCCUUGUUACAAAGGCGCUCUACGUUUGAACCUUAAAAUUGUGAAGCAAAAUUCCCUUUCUCAGGUCUUGUUUGCGACUAUCUAGGUUUGAUAUUUUCAUCGUGUUAUAAUGGCAACCCGACUCCAGUUUGAGAACAAUUGUGAAGUAGGGGUUUUCUCCAAGUUGACCAAUGCAUACUGUUUGGUUGCUAUUGGAGGCUCAGAAAGCUUUUACAGCAUAUUUGAAGCUGAGUUAGCUGAUGCUAUUCCUGUUAUUAAAACAUCCAUAGGAGGCACUAGAAUUAUUGGUAGGCUGUGUGCUGGAAACAAGAAUGGGCUUCUCUUGCCACACACUACCACUGACCAAGAGCUUCAACACUUGCGGAACAGCUUACCAGAUCAAGUUGUUGUUCAACGCAUCGACGAGCGACUAUCUGCUCUUGGGAAUUGCAUUGCUUGCAACGACCAUGUUGCUCUUACACAUACUGAUCUUGAUAAGGAAACGGAGGAGAUGAUUGCGGAUGUUCUUGGCGUAGAAGUGUUCAGGCAGACGAUUGCAGGAAACAUUCUUGUUGGCAGUUACUGUGCCUUCUCCAACAGAGGUGGAUUGGUCCACCCCCAUACAUCCAUUGAAGACUUGGAUGAACUUUCUACACUCCUUCAAGUUCCUCUCGUGGCUGGUACUGUUAAUCGAGGUAGUGAAGUCAUAGCUGCUGGUAUGACAGUCAAUGAUUGGACAGCAUUCUGUGGGUCAGACACUACUGCAACAGAGCUUUCUGUCAUUGAGAGUGUCUUCAAGUUAAGGGAAGCCCAACCAAAUGCCAUUGUUGACGAAAUGAGAAAAUCGUUGAUUGACAGUUACGUCUGAGGUUCAAUUCCACAAUUUUUGCGCAGGUAAAAUGCAAGACUUUCUUAUACUGCAAAUCUUAUAAUAGAGUUGCUCUAUUUACAUCCUUAACAGUUCAGUCCUUUAAACUUACUAUGGUGGAUUCAUGUAUGUAUGUAGCUGAACUCUAAUUUUUGUUGGACUGGAGUUUGACAUUUGAUGCAUAAUGAGAAGAAUACAUGCAAACUCUUCUAUA